AUGACAAACAAGAUGAAUUUGAAAUCCAAACUUCCAACAUUAUCAUCAUAUCGUCGUCAUAUAAUUCACAUCUGUUGUUUUUCAAUAUUUAUUUUCAUAUUCGAAAUAGUUGCUGGUGGAAUUGUUCUUCCCUCCAUACAAUCAAUAUCUUCCAAUAAUGCCGUUGAAAAUCCGAUUGAACAUUAUGGAUUAUUUGCUGCAAUACUUAUUUAUUUUAUUCGUUUGUUAUCCCUAUUACCGUUACCCUUAGUAAUAUGUCACACCUGUGGCUUAGUUCUGUACAAUAUUUUUCCUGAUCGACCUGAAUUACAAAAUUCGCCUUUGUUGAGUCCGAAAAUUUGCAUUCGGGUGGUGACGCGCGGUGACUAUCCGGAUCUAGUACGAACAAAUGUCAAGAGAAAUCUUGACACAUGUGCCAAAGUCGGUUUGAGUAACUUCCAUCUUGAAAUUGUCACUGAUAAACCCAUCAAUACAACUGGAUUACCAUUAAAUAUGGUUCGGCAAAUUGUUAUUCCACAUGAUUAUCGAACAAAAACCGGAUCACUAUACAAAUCUCGUGCAUUGCAAUAUGCUCUCGAACCAGAUAUCAAUCAACUAUCACCCGAUGAUUAUAUUGUUCAUUUAGAUGAAGAAACUCUACUAACGGAAAACUCCGUUCGUGGUAUACUAAAUUUUAUUAAUUCAGGCGAAUAUGACAUUGGCCAAGGUUUGAUUACUUAUGCAAAUGAAACAAUCGUCAAUCAUAUUACGACGUUAGCUGAUAGUAUGCGUGUCGGAGUGGAUCUUGGAUGUUUACGAUUUUGUUUGAAGAAAUUACAUCGGCCACCGUUUUUAUUCAAAGGAUCGUUCGUUGUGUGUCGAGCUGCAUGCGAAUUCGAAGUAACAUUCGAUAAUGGACGAGCUGGUUCCAUUGCUGAAGAUACAUAUUUCGCAAUGUUAGCAAUGUCAAAAAAUAAGAAAUUUGGAUGGGUUGAAGGAGAAAUGUGGGAAAAAAGUCCAUUUACAUUAACAGAUUUUAUCAAACAACGUAAACGAUGGCUACAAGGCAUCUUGUUAGUGGUUCAUGAUGCACGUUUACCAAUUCGUGUUCGAAUUGGAUUAGGUAUUGCGCUCUAUUCCUGGAUUACAUUACCAUUAACAUCAUUGAAUGUCAUUCUUACUCCACUCUGUCCGAUUCCACUACAUUGGACAUUAAAUUUUUUGAUCGGUUACAUCGGCGCUGUUAACAUUUAUUUAUAUAUCAUAGGCGCCGUUCGAUCGUUUUCACUAAUUCGUCUAGGUUAUGCACAAUUUGCAUUGAGAAUUUUUGGUACUGUAGCAACAAUUCCCUUUGUCAUUGUUUGCGAAAUAAUGGCCGUUCUCUGGGGCUUAUUUAGUGACAAAGGCAAAUUUUACAUAGUCGAUAAACAAUUAGGACCAAUGGACGAUCACUCAUCAUCGUCUGCUGCUGGUAGUAAAUCAAAAUCGAGUUCGAUGAGUUCAUCAGAAGAAGUUUCGUGGAUUUCAUGGUUCUGUGGCCUUCGUGGCAACGAAUUCUUUUGUGAAGUUGAUGAAGACUAUAUACAAGAUAAAUUUAAUCUAACUGGUCUCAAUGAACAAGUACCACACUAUCGACAAGCACUUGAUAUGAUUCUUGAUCUCGAGCCGGAUGAUGAUCUGGACAAUCAAGACAAUCCAAAUCAAUCGGAUCUAAUUGAACAAGCUGCUGAAAUGCUUUAUGGUCUCAUUCAUGCUCGUUAUAUAUUAACGAAUAAUGGUAUCGCCCAAAUGCUUGAAAAGUUUCAAAAUGGCGACUUUGGUCUUUGUCCUCGUAUCUACUGUGACAACCAACCAAUGUUACCUAUUGGCUUAUCGGAAGUGCCUGGCGAAGCUAUGGUUAAACUUUAUUGCCCAAAAUGUAUGGAUGUCUAUACACCGAAAAGCUCACGACAUCAUCAUACUGAUGGUGCGUACUUCAGUACAGGUUUUCCUCAUAUGUUAUUUAUGGUUCAUCCCGAAUAUCGACCUAAACGACCAACAAAUCAAUUUGUUGCUCGACUUUACGGCUUCAAAAUUCAUUCAAUGGCAUAUCAAUUACAAUAUCAAGCAGCUUCGAACUUCAAACAAUCGAACUCCAGUUCGGUUAUUCCAAGUAGUGCUGGAGGAACGACAACAACAACACGACCAGUUAUCAAAGAUUAA